CCCACCCAGCCAGAAUAACUAGUCCAGUUAUGUGUGGGGACUUAGUCAACAAGACAACCCCUGAGUGACAGUCCUGGCAUAUAGCUGGAAAGGAAUCUAUUUGGAACAGAAAAAAAUCUCUGUUGAAAAAAAAAAGAAAGUUGUGUUUUGAAAGGAAGUAAACGAUGGAAGACGUUGGACAGAACCUGUUGGAUGAUGAGGAUGAGAUUACAGAAAUACCAACUUUAGAAGCCAUAAAACAGAAUCUCAAGUACCUGAACUCUGACCUUGAAAAGGAUCUACAGCGGCUGGAUGAGGCCAAUCAGACUCUUCUUAGAAAGAUUCAAAAGAAAGAAGAAUCUAUACAAAGUCUUGAAAGAGAUAUUGCCCUGUCCAUAGGAAGAGUCCCAGAGAGGGAUGACUUCAAUGAGAUCAUAGUACAGAAGGAGACUGCCUUGAAGGACCUGGAGCUGGAGAUAGCAAAGCUGGAGAAAAAGAAUAAGACCCUAAGCAAGAAUGUGAUGGAACUUCAGAAGAAGAUUUCAAAAGGAACUAAGAAUGCUGUCUCUGAUCCAGAAACCCUGAAAAAGAAAGUAGCAGAACUCAAGGUGAAACUACAAAAGUCAACCGAGUCCUGUGCACAACAAGAGAAGGAAAUCGCCAAGAUGGAAAGUGACUACCAAUCUGUAUUUCAGCUCUGUGAAGACCAGGCCCACUAUAUAAAGAAAUACCAAGAAAUUCUGAGGGAGAUGGAGAAGGAAAAAGAAGUGAUGCUGCUUGAAAAAGAAAUAUCCAAAGCCCAGAAUGACUCUUCCCAAGUAGUGAAACCGGGGUCAACUCUGGUAGAGACCAUUCAAAGCAACAUGGAGAAGAACAUCAUUAAGAAACAGAAGAGGAAGUUUUGGCUUAGGCACUUCCGGUACCUUUUCUUCAUGAUCAUGAUCGUCAUCCGGUUACUGGGCUAUGUGUUCUUCCACCUGCAGUAUAUAAACCCGGACUUUCUCGUGGACACCCUGCCCAUGCUGAUGAGCAGAAGCAGCUUGAAGUGGCUAAGGGACAUAUUGUUUCCCUUCCUUACCCUAGAAGUGGAGGAUGUGCUCCCACACUAGGUGUACAGCCACACCUGCCCGGCCUCGCACUCACCCAGUGGAGGGGCCCCGGCUGUGGUCCUGUGCUAGCGGCGUGGGCCAGGCAGGAGCCCGAAGCCUGAGUCAGAGCUUCUAUGUGCCAGCUGACUUUUCUAUUUCACUUCCUGGAAUGUCUCUCUGCCAAAUACAGAAUGCAUUGGACCAGA